CUCACAAAAGAGCGGGUGAGACUGCGACUGCUCUCCACUCUCCAAGUCUCCAAGUCUAAGUCUACCCUUGAGAAUCUUUAGUUGUAGGCUUGGGACUGGGAAUAACAUGAUGGCAUCCAGGUUGUGGCGACUUGUGAGGCCUGUGGCGUGCAAUUUGUCUCGCACAAGUGCUUUGAAUAAUUGUGCUGCUCCUGCUUUGAGUCAUGGGCUUAGAUUCCAGACCACAGAGGCGGGCUCGUCCAAACCGACUGUAGCUUCACCUAGUCCCCUGGUGAAGCAGCAAUUAACGGACUUUGGAGCUUAUGUUGCUGAAUGCCUUCCAAAAUAUGUGCAAAAAGUGGAGGUGUCCCAUCAUGGGGACUUGGAGGUCAUGAUUCACCCAGAUGGUGCGAUCCCUGUACUGUCGUUUUUGAAGGACCACACCAAUGCCCAAUUUGUCAACAUAGUUGACAUUGCUGGAGUGGAUAAGCCCACUCUGGAGAACAGAUUUGAGAUUGUGUACAUGCUCAUGUCUCUGCAAUUCAACGCUCGUAUUCGAGUGAAGACUUACACUGAUGAGCUGACACCUAUUGACUCGGUCUGCUCGGUUUUCCAGGGAGCAAACUGGUACGAGCGUGAGAUAUGGGACAUGUAUGGUGUAUUUUUCGCCAACCACCCAGACUUGCGACGCAUUCUUACUGACUAUGGUUUUGAGGGACAUCCAUUCAGAAAAGAUUUCCCUCUGUCCGGAUAUGUUGAGGUGCGCUAUGAUGAUGAAGUGAAGAGAGUGGUGGUGGAACCCAUUGAGCUAAGCCAGGAGUUCAGGAAGUUUGAAGCCAACACACCAUGGGAGACGUUUCCCAACUUCAGACAGGUGGAAGGAGGAGAGACGGAAGCAGCUGCAAAACCAGAAGAGAAACAGUAAUCGGCCUCUCAAAUAAAUAAUGUCUUAGUUCAUGUUUGUUUUUUCUGAAAGUGAAAUCAACUGUAGCUGAUGUGCCGUUAUAAUCUUCUUCAGCAAGCAAGCGCAACCUCCUCUAGAGGCCCUCUAGGUCAUCAAAGGGGACAGGGAGACCUUUCUUGAGACUGGCACUCAGUGACCAAAAUGAAAGUUGGACAAGUGGACGGUUUUGGGUAUUAACAAUGUGGAUAACAAUCUUCCUUUACAGUUUUAUAAACCCUUGUGACAGUUUUGUUAUAGUUAUAAUUGAACAGAAUGAUGGCCUCACUAAGCUGAGAAUUGGCACUGUAAGAUAACGCAAGUUCAUUUUUUAGCCAGCCCAUAAAGUUGUUGUGGUUCAGUGUGUGAUAAGACAAAACUUUUAGUAGUUUAACUGACUUCUACAUGCUUAGUUCCUUUUGCGAAGUGUUUGUCAGGGAGACAUUUGUGCUUUUGAGAUGACGCAUGUGACAAAAGAGUUAAAAAAUUGACCGUGGAUGUUACAUAUAUAAAUUGUAGUCAUAAAUUAUUCCUUUGUGAUUAAAUAUGACUCGUACUUCA